UUAUUUAUGAGUAUGGAACGCUUAGAUAAAUUUCAAAAGAAUUUGGUUGAGGAAGUUUGUCGUGGCUUGUUAGGGGAAGAACAUUUGGUUAAUGAUGUUAAAAAAACUUUAAAUUUGACUCUUGAUCCAAAAAAAGCAAAAGAAAUUAGAGAAGCCACCUUGGACCAUUUUUCUAAGCUCUCAAAGAAAUCAAUGGAGAAGGCAGACGAGAAAUAUAACUUUUCUGGAAAAUUUGCUCGUUUGGAUGAACAAGUUGAUGACAAUGAACCUUGUUCUUCUUCGGCUGCUGACGACGUUGACCUUCACAAAUCAUUCAAACAAGUUACUUGGCCAACUCGACGUGCUCUUCUUUUAGAAUAUGAGGAAAAACUUAAGGAUGAAAAACACAAAUUACAAGCUGAAUUGGAGGAGGAGGAAUUGGUGCUGUCAAACAUUGUUGAUGGUGUGGAUAAAUAA